CCCAAUGACGUUGUCUUUCAUGUAGCAAGCGCUUCAAGCAGGCUGUUUUCUUGGACACGCCUAGCUAGCUAGCUUUCCUCCAACACCGCGCCGGUUAUUGCAAUUCCAUCCCCUGGAAACCAUGGCCGACCAGGCCUCGGGAUCCGCCCGGCAGCCCCAGCAUGACGCGUUGCUCCAGCAGCAAGUGGCAGCCCUGGAGCAGGAGAGAGCUGAGUUUGUCAAGCGCAAACAGCAACUGGAGUCUGAGUUCAACCAGAAACGGGCCAAGUUCAAAGAGCUCUACCUGUCCAAAGAAGAGGAACUGAAGUGCCAGGCAGCGUCUCUGGAGGGGGCCCAGUCGGAGCUGAGUCGUGUACAGGCCCAGCUGGAACAGGCCCAAGCUGACAUGGAGAACAUCAAGGCGGUGGCCACUGUGUCAGAGAGCACCAAGCAGGAGGCCAUUGACCAGGUCAAGGGACAGUGGCAGGAGGAGGUGGCCUCCCUACAGGCCAUCAUGAAAGACACAGUGCGUGAGUAUGAGGUGCAGUUUCACCAGCGCCUUGAGCAGGAGCGUGCCCAAUGGAACCAGUACAGGGAGGUGGUGGAGAGGGAGAUGGGCGAGCUGAGACACCGCCUCUCUGAGGGCGGCCAGGAGGAGGAGAACCUGGAGAACGACAUGAAGAAGGCCCAGGAAGAUGCAGAGAAGCUACGGUCAGUGGUAAUGCCUAUGGAGCAGGAGAUAGCAGCUCUGAAAGUCAAACUGACUGUGGCAGAGGACAGGGUGAAGGAGCUGGAGGCCUCGAAGGUAAAGGAGCUCAAUCAUGUCCUGGAAGCAGAGAAAUCCUGCCGCACAGACCUGGAGAUGUACGUGGCGGUGCUCAACACUCAGAAGUCAGUCCUUCAGGAGGAUGCAGAGAAACUACGAAAAGAGCUCCACGAAGUGUGUCACCUCUUGGAGCUGGAGCGGCAGCAGCACAACCAGCUGAAGCACACUUGGCAGCGGGCCAACGACCAGUUCCUGGAGUCCCAGAGGCUGCUGAUGAGGGACAUGCAGAGGAUCGAGAACGUGCUCUCCUCUGAGCAGCUCCGGCAGGUGGAGGAGAUCAAGAAGAGGGACCAGGAGGAGGAUGAGAAGGAAAGGAUCAGCCAGGCCAAGGAGCAGAACGAGGAAGACAGGACAGAAACCGAACCUUUAGAAGACUCAUUCCUUGGGCUCAGUAUUGAAGAGCCCCAUAGUGCCCACGGCUCCAUGCACUCCUUAGACUCUGACCUGGUGGCAGGGGGCCCUAUGGACCUCUUCAAAGACGGCCUUCGGAGGGUCCAGUCCACAGACAGCCUGGGUUCCUCUCCUAGUCUCCAGGGCCUGGGGGGCUACAACCAUAAGGCCAAGUCGGCCAGCCACCUAGACGAGUCCGACUUCGGACCCCUGGUGGGGGCGGACUGCGGGGCCCCCGAGGGCCUGGCGGGCUUUGGGGACACGCUAUCGGUCAGCUCCAUCCAGCUGACGGCCGGCCACUUCCUGCUCACCAAGGACCAGGAGAAGGCUAUAAAGGCCAUGACGCCGGAGCAGGAGGAGACGGCCUCGCUGAUGUCCAGCAUCUCCCACGCCCACGACACCACCUUCCUGACCCCGUCAGGCUACCGCCUGGUCAGUGACCAGGAGUGGAACCUGCUGCAGCAAGAGGUGAAGAACGCAGGAAGGAAGUUGGGACGGCGGUGUGACAUGUGCUCUAACUACGAAAAACAGCUGCAGGUCAUCCAGGGCCAGGAGGCAGAGACACGCGAUCAGGUAAAGAAGCUCCAGGUAAUGCUGCGGCAGGCCAACGACCACUUGGAGAGAACCAUGAGUGAAAAACAGGAAUUGGAGGACUCUGUGAAACAGGGCAACGAGGAAACCACUGCAAAGGUCGCUGCUCUCAUGCAGAGAGUCCAGGAGUCCGAGUCACUGCUUAAAACACUACAAGAGGCCUUCAGUCAGGCCAAGCGGAACACACAGGAACAGAUGGCUGUGCUGAUGCAGUCCAGGGAGCAGGUUGCGGAGGAACUGAGCAGACUGCAGAGGGACAACGACAGCCUAGCAGGCAAACACAGACUCCACUUAUCUCUCCAGCAGCAGGAGGACUUCAAACUACCCACCGUGGUGCAAGAACUACAAGCCCUGGUGCUGCAGUUGCGGGAGGACAUAGUUGUGGUGCGCACGGCUGCAGACCACCUGGAAGAGAAGCUGAAGGCGGAGAUCCUGUUCCUGAAGGAGCAGCUCCAGGCAGAGCAGUGCCUCAAAGAGAACCUGGAGGACACACUACAGCUGGAGAUAGAUGGCUGCAAGGAGGAGAUAGCGUCAUUAUCCAGUCUGAAAACUGAGCUGCAGCGAGUGAAAGCCGAGAAAGAACAGCUGGAGAGCAGCCUGGCAGAAAAGAGGAAGACAUUAGCGAGUGUCCAGGGUCUGAAGAGCAGUCUGGAGGAGCAGCUCAGAGAGCUCACCACAACCAAGACGGCCCUGGAGGCUCAGGCGUUGGAUGAGAAGGACAAAGCCCUACGGUUGCAGACGGAGCUGGAUGUUAGUGAGCAGGUGCAGAGGGACUUUGUCAAGCUCUCCCAGACACUCCAGGUCCAGUUGGAGCAGAUCAGACAGGCUGACUCUUUAGACCGUAUCCGAGCCAUCCUCAAUGACACCAACUUGACUGACAUCAGCCAGCUCCCAGAGACAUGAUACCCUUGGCUGAAACUCCAUUCUCCCUCCUGCCCCUCAUUUCCCUCUAUCUCACUGGCCUAAUGACAUUCUCCCACCUUUCCAGGCCACUCCCCCACUUCUACCACCCAAUGGAAGGAUUCUGGAGGGAUAAGAGGGGUGUGGGUGUUUUUAAAUGAAGUCUAAAUCCAAGAUGGAGGACAAAAAUCUAGGAUUUGAAGCACACAAGGCAGGAGUGAAGGUGAACACUACUACUAAGAGGUUGUAAAUAACUUAAUGACUGUUUCCUGCAGUGGCAAUUCUUGUCUUUCCUGUGGUUCUACUGUAGACAUUGGACUGGCCAUAUUAGCCCAACCAAAGGAGGAGUUUGUAGUCUUCUAAGGCACUUUCAUCUCCAACUUCUCUUUCAGGUAAAGGGAACAAAUGGAUCCAUACAAUUUCUGCAAGUGGUUAAUAAAAUGUUCUCGCUCCCACUUAGUUUCUUCAUCUUGCCCCCUUAUGUUUACUGUUAAUCUCCUUUUCUCGCUCCAUGCAAGGGUUUUUCUGUAUUUUUACUAUUUUUCUACACUGUAGAAUAAUAGUGAAGACCUCAAUUUUCCAAUUGACUGACCUUCAUGUCUUAAAGUAAUGAUGGACUGUCUUUUCUUAUUUGAGCUGUUCUUGCCAUAGGGCUAUCUUGUGUAUACCACCCCUACCUUGUCACAACACAACUGAUUGGCUCAAACACAUUAAGGAAAGAAUGAAAUUCCACAAAUUAACUUUUAACAAGGGAAAGGGGGAUACCUAGUCAGUUGUACAACUGAAGGCACACCUGUUAAUUGAAAGGCAUUCCAGGUGACUAUCUCAAUGAAAUGGAUAAUCCAUAGAACUAACUAAUUGACUAAUUCUUCUUAAGGGUGGAUUUUUCAUGGUCUGGGAUCACCGUUGACAAUAUUCCUUUGAUUACAUUUUCAGUGUGUCAUGCCUGAAUGUUAAUGGUAACUCAUUGAUGAAAAGUUUCUCUGGUUUUUAUCCCUCUUUUGCUGAGAAAAUGCACUCUUGUCUCUACCUUUUCUAUGUAUUUCAUAUUUCACUCAGUUUUGUUUGUCUGCACCACAAAUACUCUUUUGAAAUGAAGGGGCUUUGACCAGGAUAUGUCAUUUGAAAAGUCUGUCCACAUUGAACACUACCUGAUUCAUCAACACUGUCCCUAGUGUCAUGGAGUUUCUGGCACAACUUCUUGAGCACAUUCUGAAGUUGCUUAAAGGCCCAGUGCUCUCAAAUGUGAUUUCUACCCUGUUUUUAUGUCAUAUUGUACAACAGCUGAUGAAACUAACACUGUUAAAAGUGUUAUUUCCUGAUAGUUGCUGGUUGAAAAUACAAUCUACACAGGACCUUCUAAUCAGCAGGUUUGCAUGGGCGGGGGUUUUGGCUUUCUGUAGUGACAUCAGCAUGUGUUAAAUUGGUAAAUAGACCAAUAAGAAAGAGUUGCAAACCUCUGUCAAUUACAGCUGGUAUUCAGUUUUCCACUGCCAGACAGUCCUAACAAAAUUCUUGCUUGAGUGUUUUUCCUAAAAAGUAAUUUUUACCAAUUUUAAUGGAAAUCUAUUAUAGUAAGGUACCUUAUUGUUACCCAGAAAUGAUUUGAUAUUAAUAUAAAAAUGGUUAAUUUGAGCCUUUUUAAGUCUAGGUGUCAUGUCUCAUUGGAAAUGAUGAAUAGUGUGAAAUCUGACUCAUGGUCAGGUUUUACUAGGUUUCCAUGGAACUGGUUGACUACUCUUCCUGUUAAAUUAGAUCCGGUCAUAUUUUUCUGUGUUGGUUUCAUGUCCCUUUUUCUUGGACAGAACUGUCAAAUCAUCCUGACAGAUAAUCACUGAACCCUAAGUGGGCACUAGGAGAUGGAAUUAUUGAAUCAGAAUGAAUAUGGUUUUGGCUAUGAUCAUUACUAAUAGCAAGAGCUGUACAAAAGAGGUCUCUAGCAUCAGAAAAGUUCACCAAUAUAACGCACAUUUUCGAUCUGGUUUGUCACUCAAGCAAUCCCAUCAGGCAGUUCACAUGAAAGAGAAUGGUUGGCUUUGGGGAGAAACUUUCCACAUUAGAAUUAUCUACUUAAUACAGACUUUUAGAAACACGUAAUGCACCGUGAAGUAUUUGCAUUUUAAUUUCUCUAAAGGAAUGAACCUCUAGGCAAGGAUUUUAAAUGGUGAUAGUGAUGGACUUAACAGUUUGUGGAUUUAAUUGUGUGUGGUGGGUAAAAUGCGUUUUCAUUCAUUGGCUGAGGUGACCGCGGUGCUUACAGCACUUAGGGUUGCUCUAUGGAAAAUGUUUAGACAUGACCGCAUGAUUUAUUGCUUUAAACUGUUGUAAAACAAUCAUCCUUAUAGGAAAAUGUUUCCUUAACACUGAACAUAAUACGACAAUGUGAUUUUUAAGGAUUCAUUGAAUCUUUGACUUGCAUGUACUACAUCUGUAUCAAUUGGAUACAUCUGUAAAUGUCUUGAGUUUAUCAGAAUCUUGCUAUGUUUUGAGAGGGUAUGAGUAAGGAAGCCAGAUGAACUUGCGCUGAAAGAAAUGAAUGUUUAUGGCUUGUAAAAUGAUUGAUUCUGUGUAAUAUUGUGAAUUCCCUUCAGACCUGGGUUCAAAUACAUGUGUAUAUUUUAAGUAUCAAAGCUCUAUCAUUAUAGUGAUAAUCACGAGUCACUACGACAUGUUCACAGUAACCCAUUCAUUUCGAAGGAGUUGAAUAUCUGUCUAUUUCAAAUUGAAUUCGUAACAGUCAGCAUUAACAAGGCUUUUUGGUUCUAUCAUUUCUAUAGGAUAACUUGUCUACCCUUCCCUUGAAUAGUACUGCUGUGUGUAAUUGUCUUAAGGUCCUCAAACAACCCCUUUAUUUGGGCUUUGCAUAAACACAUUUCUUGCGUUCCUACAGUUACUGAAAUUCCAAUGAAAAAUGACAGUGGCUUUCAUUUAAGACGUUUUAAUUUAGGAUUUCACUGUGGCGUAAUGUUUCCUGCAGAACAGUCAUUCUGAUAAUGGUGGGAGGAAUCUUUGCAAAAAAGUUAUUUUUGCAUGCUUUGACUUCUGCUAGGGCCUCUUGCAAAUGUAUAUACAGUACUGUGUACAUUUCUGUAUAUAUCUAAUAAACCAAAUUGUACUUUAUGGAAUGUGUGACUGUACCUCAAACACAAUGGACCAUUGGAGGGCAAUCCUGUAAAAGGCUCUUAGUAGAACCCAUAAAAAAACACUGGACAGCACAGCACAGUUCCAGGUACUUAGUGACUAAAAUGCGAAAUGCAUCUUGUUCAGAAAGCUCUUCCAACCGAGGAUUGAAGAUGUUUGCUAUGGAAAACUAUUACUUGCAAUAAAUGAAUUUACAUUUUUAUAAACAUUUCCCAACUUUUAUUGCCCAGGUACCUGACAGUCAAGAUUUAAUUUAGUUAUUUCUCAGAUGGGAUUAAAUAUUUUCAGCAUGCUUUCUGGUUUUUGUUUAAGUCGACACCGAAGCACUUUUUCCAACCUGAAAAUUAAAAAAACAGCCCCAAUGACUAAUUUCCCUGAUUUUGGCAAUGAAGCCAUUUACCUACUUCCCCAGUCUGAACAGGAACAGCUGGCAUGCUAACCUCCUGUCGAUGUCAUUGCGCUAACGUUAAUUAGCAUUGGCUCGUGAAACUACCUCAAACUUUCUUCAUACUGGACGCAGAGACAAUGGUAUCCACGAUGGUAUUGUUGCAAAAAAUACCCCAAAAUAUUUAAAUAUUUUAAUUGUGUAGCCCCAGUUUUAAAAGAUCAUGAGUAGAGUUUUCUACAGUUGAUAUAAACUCAAUGCAUCAAAGAAUGUGUGGAGAUUAAAAACUGCUGUCACACUUGAACCAUGAGACCAACUCCCAUCCAAGGUGACAGCCCUGUAAAUCACAGACGGGAGCAAGUCAUGCAAUAUGAGAAACUGAGGUAAGUGCCUAUUGGUGAAGCUGAAGAAAAGAUCUCUACCCAGACCAGUAUGUGGGGCUAACUGUUCAUGCGGAGUUAAAAUAAACACAUUUGAAAAAUAGGUAGUACUGUACAUGCAUUACUUUUAUUUUCCAGAUACCAUUAAUGUAUAUUUGUCUGUAUAAAACAUUAUGAAGACUCAUGUAUACAACAUUUUCCCAUUUCAAUGACUGGUUCCAAAAAUCUAACAUGGCUGACGAUGCCUUAUGAGUCAAUGAGUUGACAUGUCAUGAGACAGACUAUUUUAUCAAGCGUUGACUAAGUAUUCACAAUAGCGCUUCAUUAUUAUUUUGGUUGUUUGGAAAGCAGUGGGAUAGCUGUAUAUGAAGGAUGGCUCCUUUUAACGGUCUCAUAAACUGAAAUGGUUCUUGAUGUCCUUGAUCUGUUUCAUAAUUUCUCCUAUGUGCUCUCCCCUGGAAGAGAGAGGGAAACCACACUGCUAGAUCAUAUUAAACAAGACUGAGGACCAACAUUAAACAGUAGGGACAACGUAAAAAAUCUGGGACCAUCUCCAAACAAAACGGGUCAAUGGGUAUCAUACAGCCAGCAGGCUGGCAUAACACCCAGGGAAGAGCUGCUCAUACUCACUGUUCUUUUAUAACCUCCUGGACACACUUCCUCUGGUGCGCGUUGAGGGCGACAGUAGCCCUGGCUGGAGACACCCCUUUGUCAAUCUGUUUCUUCUGGUACUUGUAAUAAAUACCAUUUAAAAUAACACAAGCAUAUUGCUAUUACAUUGUUAUAACUAACUUCUUUCUAAGCAGGGUUUCUCACACACCCAGAGACAGAUGGCUGACACAGAACAUUCCUAAACACUGAUAAGAAAAGGGUGCAGACACACACACAUACUCAAGGACGGAGGGCUGACUACGCACACACAAAAUCUCCUGCUUAGCUGAACAUUUGAUAACAAAGAACUUUUGCUAUAAGACUCAGAAGGAUGACGCCCAGCUCAUCAGGACCAAUCUGAGAAGACAACAACCUGUCCAGAACCAACCAAAAAACCAGAACUUCCAGACUCAACCUACUUUCUGUGUUGUAUAAAAUGUCUAUGCAUUCUGUUAUCUGGGCUUUUUCUGGAGGUUCUCUAUGAGCCGAAGGAACGAGACCGUAUACGCUUGUACCAGAUAUCUUUACUCAUAAUUAAACUGUCGCUUGUCAUACAAUUUA